AAAUUCUAUAAAUGUAAACAAAUCAUGUAAUUCUAUGUAAUUUUCCUUGUAAUUACGAACCUGUUCGAGAAUGUCACUGAAACGACUUGUAUCGAACAUAAAAACACUUAGUCCCUUUCAUAAGAAUGCCUUUUUGCUUCAAAAUUCCAAUCCCUUUAAAAUUAAUCUUUAUCGUAAAUCCCAUUUUACUUAUGUUCCAGAUACAGUUUCUGCUUCGGAUGGAGAAACUUCUCGUAUGAAUUUGUUCCAGGCGGUGACGAAUGCGCUAGAUAUUGCUUUAGCUGCUGAUUCUUCUGCAGUAAUAUUUGGAGAAGAUGUGGGCUUUGGUGGCGUAUUUCGAUGCACUGUUGGCUUGCAAGACAAGUAUGGUCGAGAUCGAGUGUUCAACACCCCCCUCUGCGAACAGGGAAUCGUGGGCUUCGGAAUCGGCAUGGCCGUCGCGGGAGCCACUUCGAUCGCCGAAAUUCAGUUUGCAGAUUACCUUUACCCUGCCUUCGACCAGAUCGUCAAUGAAGCAUCGAAGCUCAGGUUUCGGUCGGGGAAUCAGUUCAACUGUGGCGGAUUGACCAUUCGAGCCCCCUAUGGAGCUGUUGGUCAUGGAGCUCUAUAUCAUUCCCAGAGCCCAGAAGCAUUUCUCUCCCAUAUUCCUGGUAUAAAGGUAGUCAUUCCCCGGGGGCCCCUGCAAGCGAAAGGCCUGCUGCUGAGCUGCAUUCGAGAUAAAAAUCCCUGUAUCUUUUUCGAGCCAAAGAUAAUGUACAGAAUGGCUGUGGAGCAGGUCCCACUCAAGGACUAUGUACUGCCACUUUCUAAGGCGGACAUUCUUGUGGAAGGGGAUGACGUAACCCUGGUCGGCUGGGGCACUCAGGUGCAUGUUCUGAGAGAGGUGUGUCAGCUGGCACAAGAUAAACUCAACGUGUCCUGUGAGCUUAUUGACCUGGCCACUAUCUUGCCCUGGGAUAAAGAAACUGUAGUUAAUUCUGUGAAGAAGACGGGCCGUCUCCUGAUUGCCCACGAGGCUCCUCUCACGGGAGGUUUUGGAGCAGAGAUUGCCGCAAGCAUUCAGAACGAAUGCUUCCUGAGCCUGGAGGCUCCCAUCCAGAGAGUGACUGGCCACGAUGCCCCCUUCUCCCACGUCUUCGAACCCUUCUACAUCCCCAGCAAGUGGCGAUGCUUCGACGCCCUCAAGAAACUCAUCAACUUUUGAACCCAGACUCUUGUUGUACAAAUAAAAAAGUUUUUUUAUUUUCUGUUA